AUGGAGGCAGUCAAACCAAAGAAGCCGAAGAAUAAGCAAAGGACAACCGCACAAGAGCCUCCUCCAAUACCUUCACGACCUGCAGUGGUUAUGGGUUUACGACUGCCCGAUGUUCCACAGCACGAACCCGUGAGGGCCAGUACUCCCGAGCCUGAGGAAAUAGAGAUAACAGACGACGAGGAGGAGCCAACAACAUCCGCGGUUUCAGAGGACACCACCGCAGCCACUGCAAGCCCAUCUGAGGUUGAUUUUUCUCAGAAUGCCCAAAAUGGAGUGGUUGAAGAGCCUGAAGAACGGACACCAAUCGUGGAGGCAUCAUCUUUACCGGCGAAGACACCCAUAUUCGAAGCAGUUAAUUACCCGACCAUUCCACAACUUUCUGAGGCCGCCAUGACUUCGUCGUACAAGAGCACCGUGGCACCACCGCGCUAUGAAAGUAUCUCGAAAGGGUAUUUGGAGAAGAACAUAUCCAUUAAUCAUGAACCUCAAGUUGUUGAUGCUCCACCUUUAUAUCCUUCUUUAUCCAAACUUCAUUAUGAAAAGGAUAAACAUGGUCUUCUUACGGAGCAGAAUCUGCUUGCAUUUUACCACAACCCACUAUAUAUGGCUAGUGAUGAAUUUGUAGACAGAUUUGUACAGAAUAAUCUGAUAUCAGCGGGUCCUCUUUUCCCUUUGUUGAAACGAUUAAAGAGGCUAAGUGAACAAAUGGGCAUCAGUGAAGUCAGCGAAAAGGAAAACACAGAAAACUUGACCAAAUGUCUCCGGGACACCUGGGUGAUGCAGCAACAGACAUUUGAGACUAAGGGCAAGUGCGGUGAGAACAGAGAUGCUUCAGGAACGGGUCGCUUCCACAAAGCGGUCUUGUGUAUGCCAAAAGUUGAAGAGUUAAAGAACCUGCUUGCUGCCAAUCGAACCCAUAUGCUAGAUGAGCGGAUUUGUCAGGAAUCCCAGUUUCGAUCUACAGCUUUGCAAGUGCAAUGGUUGGUAAUCUCCAUUAAUCAACAGUUCAUGGAAGAGAAUGGCCUGUCACUGCAGAGUCCUCCAACAUUGCUCGACGCUGCCGCUUCGUCAAACGGCAGAAUCUUACUUUUGAACGCUCUUUCCGAUAUCUUCUUCCAUAUGAGGUUUCCGGCACUGUCCAAGCGAUUCCUCGAUGCACUCGUUGGUUGGGCGAGGGAACUGGUGUGUGUUUUGAAUAUGUCUUGUCAAUGCGAGGAUGCACAGUUUAUUCUUAAUCACUUGCUGCGUCUUCCAUCACCAAUAUCGGAAUGGGCAGGGCCUUUUGUGCAAACUUUUAUACAGGCGCCGACACCACCGAAAGUCAAGCUUGACUACUGCAUCACCAUGCUGUCACAUUUGAUGAAUCCGGUUACAGCACGAGAUACAUUUUUGCGGCAGAUUGGUUUAUCUGAAACUGAAGACUCAACUUGGGCCAUUCUAAGUGAAGAUGAUGAGGAGGGUGAUUUUUCAUUAGUCACAAUCAAUGAAGCUGAUCUAACAUGUCUUCUGGAUCAACUUCCAGUGUCGGAGCUUUACUCGCUAGCGUAUCUUUACUUUUCCACCACAACUGUAGAUAAGGGAGAUCAGUUUGUCGCAUUAGUUGCUUUCCAGCUGUUGCUCAUGAAGAUUCUCGACAUUGGACUUUCUACAUAUUGUGCCCCCACAUACAAGCAAUUUUGCAAGCAGAUAGGAAAUAGUUUGAGGCAAAGUGUUCGUGAAUUAUGCAGUCACUGGCGAAUUACUCGUAAUUUGAUAGCUCGUGGAGAGGAUAUACAAUUGCAAAACGAGGUCGACCGCAUAGUGCUCCUUGCUCUUCAGUACAUAACCAAUAGACCUGGGCUUGGAUUAUGGCAAUUUCUAGUUGAUCUACCAUACGACUGCGUGUCAGAGAGUUGCCGAGCUCGGUGCGAGUACUUCUUGCGUUCUUCAGAAAAGUUGAGCGUUUCGCAGGUCUACGACAUCCCAGUUUCGGAAAUCAUAGCUAGAAAUAGGACUGGUUCGUUGAAGGAGCGAAUAGAUGCGGUUGGCUCCCUAGACUCAGUGUUUCUCAUAAACACUCUCGCAGCAAUCUUCUCUCUUUCUCAUAAUGACACGACUGGACUGAUCAAAGAAUUAGUAGAGGUUUGUUUUUGCGAUGAAUCUACUCGAGAAUCUCUUUACAAAGUGGGAGGUGAAGCUGUGUCCCUAUUACUUGCAAGACGACCUGCAACUUUCGAUCAACUGCUUACUGUACUAGACCGAAGCAUGUCGCGAAUGGAUAAUUAUGCCGUGAACGUUUUGGCUUCUUCAAAUAUGUCAGGAUGUAAAUUAUCAUCUGCUACACUAAGUGUGAUAGGAAAAUGGCUCAUCAAUAAGCCGCCAGAUGAUGUGGCGAAUCGUGUAGCUCGGCGAGUGUUAUCUAGUCUACACUGGGGACCGAAUGAAGCGGGAGAUGGGCUUUGGUUAGACCCAGCAGUUCAUGAAAUCUCUGCAGAAACUGUGAUGAAGGCGCACCUGAGCCAUUGUGGGCACUCGAAUGGAAUGAUAGCAAAGUCUAUACGACAAAUAUCUAAGUUAGCAAGUCGAAUGGCGGAUCACGAGCAGUUAUUUAAUCAGUUUUGUUGGGAUAUACUCAUUAAAAUCAAGCUUAAUUAUAAGGAGAGUACAUCGCCGCCACAGAAUGAUCUUUCUGCCUUCUUUAUCUAUGUUGAUCAAAGUUGUCUCGGAAGUGCUUCUGUCUUUUUGGAUCGUGGUGUGCCUUUAAUGAAUGAUCUGGUCGCAGCCGGUUGCUCUACUGCCUGUGUCGUACUAUUAGCGAGACUCAUGGAGAAACACUAUCCGAAAGUUGCGUCUUUUGGUUCUAAUAAGGCAUUUAUGGACUUAUUUGAACGUAUUUUGCAUGUUGAUCAGUGUUCCUAUGCUGUGCAAUGGCUUACGGGUUCAUCUUCAACACCAACGCCGAUUGUGCGGCUGGUCUGCAGCUCAAUCUCGUAUUAUGCGAAACAUGUUCACGACAUUGGAAUGUAUUUACGUUCUUGGGUGGAUCUCCUCUGCGUUCGUCGACCGACUCUUUGGAAUAACGAUAACGCGACGUUGCAAGUGCUUGGAUCUAUAUCCCAUAUAGCUUUCAUGAACGAUGCGAAAAACUUGCUUGGGAUUCCAGAUAUGAUUUACAAUACUUAUCAGCAAAUGAUGGUGACCUGGCGUGAAGGAUCGAAGGGGAUCUUUUCCAUGUUUACAUCUGAGCAAGCACCUCCUCCGUUAAUUGGCAAUACUUUGUAUGGAGUGUCUCCAUGGGCUACCUAUCUGCUUUUGCUGGUGGAAAGCAAAAGCUAUUCAACUUUUUACCAGUUUCUCUAUGAAACGUUAAUCAAGAAGGACAAAACUACAGUAGAGCACGCUGUCAAAAAAGCCGCAGCAAAAUCAUCUAUGGCAUUACCGCUUACUAGGCUUGCUGUAUACCGAUGGGCGGAGUUUGUCACCAUGUGCCCGAAAAGCACCGUAUUUCCUUUGGCUCUGCAACGGCUGGCGACUGAGGCCUACCGAUUGAAAACUGUGCUGGGGAGAAAAUACAACUUUGCUAGGCGACUCUUGGAUACACCACAAGCAGAAUCAAUCCUAGCGGCUUGUAGAAAGACACUUAGUGAAGCUGAGGAUCCUAAAGGGCUCGCAAAAGCUGUAAAUGGGUGGCUCUUUUGUUCCCAUGAUGUCACGCGGAUGGGAUUUGACUUUUCUGUAUUUGAUCUAGAUUAUCUACUGCAGCUGAUAUUGGCGGAUGACACAAACGUCUGGACGGACUUUGUAAAUCAUGGGAAGAUGGUGCAGGAGGAGCAGCAAGAGGAAAGACUGUACUCUUCAACAUGUCAUCUUGGACGUAGAGAGCCAGUCCACCAAGUGUCUGAACAGUUUCUGAGCAAGCCUAGCUCAUCUCGCGCAGUCCCGUUCCCCACAUUGCCAGUUCACCGAAGUCUUCCACCUGCUCCGGUCAUCGAUAUGUCCGCUUUGUUCCAGACUAACACAGUAAUGGAGAUGAUAAAGCCACUUAUCAAACAUAUACACACUUUAUCUGAAGAUUACCUGACUGGAGGGGAUAACAUAGCCACUGAAGAUGCGAAGUAUGUGGAUCUUUUGACCAAACUUCAUGUUCCUAUCGUGCAACAAAUUCCUGUGCAGCUGCGGUGUGGAAUCCGCUGUACUAAUCCAUAUAAUACAGCUACGCAGGUAACCGGCACUAAAUUCAACGAAACAACCGACGCCGAGAUGGCACAAAACAGAGAGAAACGGAGUGCAGUUCUGGGAGAAUUGCACACAGCUGUUUUGGAUAGGACCGCUGUUGCAUCUGCAACGAUGGAGCAUAUCGCUAGACAAGUGGCUCGACUGAGUAUUCUUUGCUCGUCUUCACAUAGCUCGGGCGCUCAAAUGACUGGACGAGCACUGUUCAAGACAGUAACCUCCUCUCUCACUGGUAGUGAAAUGCUGUUCCCAGCUGCGUCUGCUGCCUACGAAAACACGCUUCGUGUUCUAGCUGAGGAGUUUGUACGCAUGCAGCCAUCCGAACAAAUAUCCGUUAUGCUUUUGGUGUUGGAAGGAUUUGCGCUCGCAGAUCCGUUGAUCGAAGCUUUCACUCCGGAGUGCUUGUCUUCUACAGAUCUGUGUUUAGCGUACACCCGACUCUCCGAAGCCGUACGCGAUCCGCAGAGGAGUGAGAGCGCAUUGAAGUUGCUGAGGAGACUGGGCAUGGACAAAGCGGCAGCUUCUCUCCCCGCACAACAGUUUGCACCCCUGCUGCCACUAGCGUUUCGAAAUCUCGCUAGUCAAAGCGACUCGAAUGCGCCUCUUCAUGUGCUUUGUUUGGAGCAUUUUAUCACUUUUGUAUUCCACGCGUUUCCUGCAAAUUUUAUGGCCGGUUUGGACCUCGCCCUUGACGGUUGCAAUACGGGGGAGACCCCUCAGUUGCUACUGCAAACGUUUGUGGAACGAUUGGGAGCGGAAAACUACGAAAUGCCAAAAGCAGAAUAUUCCUUGAAUGGAAUGAAGGCACAAGAAUGUUCCAUGCUUUUGGCAAGAAGGCUCAAUGAUGCACGAUCACGAUUAUCUUCGAUGUACGCCACUUGGGGAAGAUAUCUAUAUUCCGUCACCAAACUCGCACAGCUCUUCCUUUUCACUCCUGUCAGAGAAACAUUCCCAGCAGAAGCACCUGCAAGUGUCAUUCAGAGAGAUCUUGCCGAAGUUUUCCAACGCGUUUUAAGUGUGUUUUCACCACUUAUUACGCCAGUAUCAUCCUCAAUGCCACCAUUUUCACCUUCGAAUGAAACUGAAGCCAACAUAGUUCUUGAAGGAUUUGUGAAUUUGCUUAAUUCUUUGCCACACAAUGUCGCUCUCCAACCGGGGAGUCAGAAUAUUCCGUCGUUGAUAUGGCAGUUUUACUAUGAAAAGCUCUCAACAUUGUCGCAUGGGUCUACUCAUUACUUUGCUGUAUUGGAACAGCAAUUAGUCAGGAUUCCGUGGCAUUCAUUCUUUCCAUCUGAAAGAGGUCUUGCGGCUAUGGAUGAUUGCUUGGCUAGAUCUCCUCUUUGUGCACCAUUCAUAGCGCAGAUAAUUGUUAGAGUGUCAUGGAAAGAUGUGCUAGCGAGUCACAUUCAAGCCGAGUUUCUACCUCAGUAUCUAUCUUAUCUAUUCAGUGUUUUGCUGCGAAUCGGCUCGAACCCCUCUAGUCAUAUCAAGAUUCGUGCUUCUCUGCUUGAUCUUCUCAAAAUGCUGUCACAACGCAGCGACUGGUCGACUGUUACUCCAGAACGUGUUGAAGAUCUGGCACAAGUUGUCGCUGUUUGCUUGCCAUUUGAUUCACUGACGAAUCCUACUGAUGUUGUCUCAGUCAUACAGAUGAUUUGGCGAAAGAUGUGCUGCUUUGUUGUCCGUGAGCCGUAUACAUCUACAGCUCUGCUGAAGCAGACAGCUUGGGUACGAACUGAAUGCGCUUUAGUGCUUAGGGGAGGUGCCACUGCUGCGCCAGCCGCAUACAAUUCGUUGAUAUCUGAUGUUGAUGUUAUUGCUCAAGAACAUGAGAAUUUACGAGCAUUCUCUAUUGUUGCCAGAGAACUUACAGCGUUUUGGAGCAGAAUCUCUGAUGCUAAGCUUGGAGAAGCCCUUGUGACCACUUGGACUGCAUAUAUUGACGCCAAUCAUGAGUCUUCUUUGGUACUUACUUCUCUCAAUACCCUAAUUGGCUCAUUGAACGCAGAUCAGUUGCCCACAGCUUUGAAGGUCAUGGAGAAGACACUGUACAUAUACUUCAACAGGCAUUCGACCUCGUGGACGACUCUCAUGCAGUGGGCACAGUGUCCAAAUAAUUUGACGAUGAGCGUCAAAGAUUAUCUGCUGAGCGUUUCUAGUAGCAAUAAAGCUCAUCCGCUCAUGCUCACUACGGCAUGGUUUCUGAGAUUUACAUCACCAGACGAUGGUACUGCUACAGCCCUACAUACAUUCAUCACAAGUAUCAAGCCAAAGAAUGUUUGGGAUGAAGCAUCUUUUCUGCUUCUUAUCUGGCAGGAAGUGCGGUGGAUAGCAGAUUCUGUUCUAUCGGCUCAAACUUACCCUGGCCGAAUACUGGACGACCGUUUACCAACAUUUAUGCGAUGGUUAAAUAAGGCUUCUAAGGACGACUCGAGUUUUAUCACAAAUUUGAUCACCAGCAAAAAGACUGCACAUUCUCCUCGUCUUCGUGCUGUGCUGACAAUUUUGGAGUUGUACCUGACACAACAGAUGAUGGGCGAGUCGCAGUUACCCCGAGCUUCCGAAAACGAACCAGUUCUUAAUAGUCGCAUCACUGCCUUAAAGGAAGCCGCAGCUGUUAAGGCAAAUCAUCAGUUUGCCACCGCUUUCAACGUUGCCACACCAUUUUUCACCCGGGUGGAGCUACAUCACAUUGGCCUAGUAUCGCUCUUAUGCGGUGUUGUCGCUACACUCCUUUACUUUGUGAAGCCGGUUGAUUCGGGUGCAAAUAAGAUCAUAGUAAGUGCAAAUAAAAGUCUGGCAAACAAGAAAACACGCUUAGGAGUAACUCUCAUACUUCAAGUUUUGGAAACGAAGCUUAACUUCGAUGGAUGCGCGGCGAGCGUUGGAGGAUAUAUCGAUCGCCGUGAAGUGGAUAAGGGCAACUCGCGAACGUCUUGGAACAAUCGAACACAUUCUGAGUGUCCAACGUUAUGGGCUUUUUUAAUCGGUCUCACGCUUGCGUCGGACUACCCUCGUGAUCCGUAUGCUACUCUGGGAGUAUCGAAAAGAGCCACAAUAAAAGAGAUCAAGAGAGCUUAUAAACAGUUAGCCAAAGAAUGGCAUCCCGAUAAAAAUACCUCGCCGGAAGCUCAGGAAAGAUUUGUAGCUAUUAGUCGAGCUUAUGAAUUGCUCUCCGAUCCUCUGAGACGCGAGCGUUUUGACAAAUUUGGCGCUGUUGAUGAGUCACCACAUUCUGGGCCACAGUUCAAUGGAUUUGCUGGUUUUGAGCACUUUUUCGGCGGGUUUGGAGGCUAUGAAGAUGGGAUUUUUGGCAAGCAAAGGAUUUCCUUGCGACAGUACACGUACUCUAUCUUAGAAAAAAGUCACACUCAACCGUUCCUUCUUUAUGCCUAUUCUAACUACUGCCAAUUGUGUUUCCGCCUGCAGCCGCAAUGGAAAGCGGUGUCGGAAGACCUUGAGCCAUUAGGUUACGGUAUCGGGUCAGUCAAUGCAAUGACUGAUGGAAAUUUGCUGGAGAAAUUGCGCAUAUCUCGUCUACCAGCUAUUGUGGCCGUUGUGGAAGGCAGAGUAACGCAUUAUCGUUCGGAUAUGUUCUUGAUGAAUGCUCGGGAUGUUCGCAUUUUUGCUCGCGACGUUAUUCCUAGAACGUUCAUGCUCCUGAUCAGCAGUCAUGACGGUCUGUCGAGAUUUGUGAAUCAAUGGAUGCCGACGAAUAAGAUUUCCGUUGUUGUUCUGGGAGCAGCUCCUGAACCUCGCAUGCGAUAUCUCUUGGCUGCUAUGAAGUACUCACAUUUUGCUCGAUUUGCGUACAUACAUCUAGCUUCUCCAUCUAGCGAGAUAGCUUCUAUUCGAGACGAUCUUUCUAUUAAGUGUAGACAAUGUGAGAAUGUGCUUAUUUUCAACGAUAUGCCUGGGGAUGGCCCCGUUGCUCGACUCUCAAUCAGCAACGUAAAUCAGCUCACUAUGGAUUCGCUGAAUAGGCUCAUAGAGAAGAACAAAUGGCUCAGCUUGCCACGGCUCUCAUCCUCACAAUAUCUUGAUGAACUCUGUCCGGUCUCUUCAAGGAAUCCUAGGCGUCUGUGCGCAAUCCUGCCCGUUGUUGAUUCUUCUGAAGAUGAAGUCUUUCUAAACAGCUUCCGCAACUUUGCUCGUCAGCAUAGAGAAAGUUACGCACGUCAGGGUGUCAUUUUGACAUAUGUAUAUGCGAAUAAACAGUCGGAAUGGAUCAAACCAUUCCUAGAAAAACGAGCUGGAGAUACGGUGCCAUAUGCACGAGAUGUAUUGGUCAUGUGGCGUAUGGAGCAUGUGAAGGCGAAAUUCGCAUGGUUGGAAGGUGCUUGGGGUGAGAGCGCCGAAAAAUUCGAAGCGCUCCUAGGUUCUGUUAUCUCGCAAGCAACACGGCUGGAUCAAACUGCACCCGUUGGCAACAUGAUUAACGAGUACGCACCAUCCUGGUGGACGCGAAUGUGCCGCGCUUUGGUGCGAAUGGUGCAAGCAGCCUGGUUCCAUCUAACUAAAGAAGAAGCCUAUCCUGUCUUGUCGGCUGUCGCCACCUUCUUAGUCAUUCUAGUCAUCGGGUAUGGAUUAAACUACAUGAAUCAGGAGUCGCGACCGAAAAAAGAGAAACCUAAGCACUUCAACGCGGAAGAAUGGCAUCCGGAAGAUCCACACGCCAAGACGGAGCCACCUGCUAAGCCGAAUCCUCAAGCCAGAUUGCAGCGGGCUUUGUCUAUCAUGAAUCCGCACAUACAUGAGCUGCGGGCCGAAAGCUACUUUGGUAUGAUUCGUUUGCUCAAACCAGGAUGUCGCUCGUUGAUCCUUCUCGUCGAUGAACAGAGCAAAGAAAAGCUCAUGAUGCAGUUUGCUCAGUAUAUACUACCGCUGAGGAACAACAAAACCUUCUCAUUUGGUUUUCUUAUGGUUGAAAAGAAUUUGCCAUGGUUCCGAAAGCUUCUUGAGCACACACUUCCCAUCGGAGAGAACACAGGUCCCAAAGAUGGAGCUAUGUCGUUGUAUGCGAAAUUGAAGUCAAUCAAUCCUCGUCAAACCGUUGGAACAGUGCUGGCACUUUGCGGCUGGAAAUUAUAUUUUUCCAUCUAUCAUCCUAUGCAUACGGCUGGCAAAAAGAAGCCAAGUCAUCAGCAACAUUUUCUGGGAUUCGAUGAUGAUGACGAAAUCAGCAGCGACACAGACAGUGAUAACCCCACUGCGGAGGAUGAUUCUAUGAUUCGCCGUAAUGGUAAUCCCGUUAGCGCAGAAAAUGUGCUGAACGGAUUUCCAAAUUGGUUGGAUCGUCUUUUGGAAGGCUCUAUUCGACGAUACUACAUACCUGAGUGGCCGGAUAAUCUUAGAUAAAUGUGCAAUAUGAUCCACCCAAUCCUUUCUCAUAUUUCAAAUACCCCUGCUUUUUCUUCGGAUUUUGUGCUUGUUCUCUCGUUCGUUGUGUUUUCAUAUCAUCUCGUCGAAUGUCACAAUCAUGCGGCCCAAAUAGACACUGCCCCCAUGUUGCCAUGGUGGCCAAGCCCAGAUCAUCCUCGGGUAUAUCGUGAUGCACAUCUUCAAGGAUCCUUAUUCCCAAUUGUAAGUCGCCCACACUGUUUGUUUAUCUUUGUGUUGAAGCUUUUAAAGCAUAAUGCCCCAUUGCGUGACACUUCUCCACUUAUUCGUUCGAUUCUCACUGGAACAACCAGCUCAGCCUCUGUUAUAGUGCAAUAAUUAAACGCUCUCAGCGCUAGUCAGAAGAAAUCUAAUUACAUGCCAGUGCUUUUGUUUCUGAUGCUAUCUAACACAUCAUAAUAAAUGUGUACAGAACGA